GGUGGGCCCAGUCUCCGGUGCCUUUGGUCCCAUGUUGACCUCACCAUCGCCCUCCGGUCUCGCGGCCUGGUGGGCCUCGGCCUCUCCGACUCUGGGUUCAUUCGCCUGCACUGCAACCCAUCUCGGAACCCUCCCUCGCCUCCCUCGCGUUCAGUUUGAUCCAGGACGAAGGGAACGGUGAGCCGCCAUGGUGAAGGACAGCGCGUACUACGACGUCCUGGAGAUCAGCACUGACGCCUCCAUGGCCGAGAUCAAGAAGGCCUAUUACCUCAAGGCCAAGCUGGUGCACCCGGACAAGAAUCCGAGCAAUCCUGAUGCUGCGCGCAAGUUUCAGGAACUAGGCGAAGCCUAUCAGGUCCUAAGUGAUCCACUGAAAAAGGAGUCUUACGAUAAGUAUGGAAAGGAAGGACUUCCACAAGAUAAUAUGAUUGAUCCAACUGCUGUCUUUGGAAUGCUUUUUGGGAGCGACUAUUUUGAAGAUUAUGUUGGCCAACUUGCGCUAGCAUCUGUUGCCUCUGUAGAGAUUGAGGAAGAAUCAAACACACCUGAGGCAAGGACAAGGAUUCAAGAGAAGAUAAAGGACGUGCAAACCGAAAGAGAGCAAAUACUUACUCAAAGUCUAAGGGAUCGGCUGCAACCAUAUGUUGAUGGGAAGCAAGAUGAGUUUGGUGAUUGGGCAAGUGCAGAAGCUCAGCGUUUGUCUCAAGCUGCUUUUGGUGAGGCUAUGCUUCACACGAUUGGCUACAUCUAUGUUCGGCAAGCAGCACGAGAACUUGGAAAAAGCAAACUGUAUAUGGGUGUACCUUUUAUUGCUGAGUGGGUAAGGGACAAGGGCCACCACGUAAAAUCACAGGUUAAUGCUGCCGCAGGUGCAAUUUCUCUGAUACAGCUACAAGAAGGGAUAAAAAAGAUUGAAGAGGGUGACAAGGAAGAGCAGCUUAUUAAGAGUAUCGAAGAGAAAAAAGAUGCAAUGCUGAAUUCUUUAUGGAAAAUUAAUGUGGUCGAUAUUGAGUCAACGCUUUCACGGGUCUGCCAAGCAGUUUUAAGAGAAAAUGAUAUUCCCAGAGACGUACUCAAGUUGCGAGCAAGAGGACUGAAAAAGCUAGGGACGAUAUUUCAAGGCGCAAAAUCAAACUACCGUCGUGAAAACAGCCUGCGUGUUGAAGAUGACGCGGCAGAAGCCACACCGUCGCACUGAGGAUGGUGGACAAAUCUGGAUAUGAUGUCAUAUACUGCGUCACCGGCUCACCGAGACUGAGCCCGAAAGCCGACCACUGUGGAAGGAGACAAACGAUGCUGUUUUUCCAAAGAUUUUUGUACGGUAUAAGCGCAAGGUAUUGCUACCAUGCCAUACUUUAUCGCUGUCCGCACUGCAUAUAGUUCUGUUGGACGAAAAAUGUAAUAUUUGAAGUCAAAAUGUGAUGCGUAAUGAUUUAAGCGCAUGAUCAUAGGCUUUGAAUGUCA